CUGGUCACCGGUCGCAUAGCCACAUAUGCAGGUAUGGCGAAGUUAGUGACAGUAUUUUCGAUUGUUUUCGUUACGAUAAUUACCAAUGGUUUUGCAGAAUAUUCUGCCGAGGAUUGCAAACUCCUAGGAUUCAACAAAGCCAAUUUAUUGUGCUCCACUUGUGAGAAGUUGAACAAGUAUAAUUUAAAUGAUAUUUACGAAAAAUGCAGAGAAUGUUGUCUAAAAGAUGAAGACGAUGAUGCUUUAGGAUUAAAGCGUUAUCCAAAAGCUGUGCUUGAAGUCUGUACCUGCAAAUUCGGAGCUUAUCCGCAGAUACAAGCAUUCAUCAAGAGCGAGAGGCCAAAUAAAUACAAAAAUUUGCAAAUCAGAUACGUUCGUGGACUGGAUCCCAUCAUCAAGCUUUACGAUGCUGACAAUAAAGUUGAAGACAUUCUUGAUAUUCACAAAUGGGAUACAGAUUCUGUUGAUGAAUUUUUAGCCACGCAUCUCUCAAUUGAUUAGCUCAAGCUGGUCCGUUUAAUUUAAUCCAAUUUUGCAUUAAAUUAUUGUUGAUUGUAUGUGCAUGCGAGUAAAUGUGUUUAAAUGUUUUCUAUAUAUUUUUGUGAUAUAAAUUAAAUAAACCAUUUCUAUCUAUA